CACAAUCGCGAACAGAGCGGACAUUUCGGAUUCGGGUCCGGAAAUGUGUGAUAGCCAAUUCUAAAAUAAUAACAGUAUUAAGAUUUUAUUAAAAUUAAAAAAUUAACUUAAAAGCAUUGUUUAAAUCUGUAUAACGAAGUUUAUUUUUGAUUUGUGUCGCCCUAAACAUGACAACCAUUAAAUACCAACUAAUUCCAACGGAUGAUGAACUACCCAGGGAGGAAAAGCCUCUAAAAUGGAUAGUAAAAAUAUGUUUUUUAAGUGUGGUGCUCCUGAUUCUAGCGUUGUAUAACCGGAGUCUCUCGGGGAACCUGCUAGACAAGACCACACCUUCGGAGGUCUCUAUGGAUACAAGUACGGUCAAAACUCCAUUGGUUUCUUCGAGUCUCUCUAAUAUUUUAUAUGACACCAGUACACUUAGUACUAUAAAAGUGACAAAGAUUACGAAGAGAUCUACUUUGAGUGCUGCAACAGAGACUAACAACUGGAACACAGGCUCCACCGAUAUCCCAACGGAGGAGAUUACAGAAACUCAACCGGAGGUCAGCACUGAGAGAAAUAUAAUACAUGUUGCCAAUGAAUCGACACCAGAGACCCCAUAUGCAUUAGAAACGGAAUCGGGGGUGAAAUAUUUCGUAAAUAGCCCGCAGUGUCAAAUGCGUUAUCCGGAUCCCUUCGCCAGCAACAUUCUGAAGAUCUACAAAAAGCAUAGCUAUAUAGUGUGUGAUAAGAGCAGGGACAUGAUCACAGUGAACUUUAACGAAACGGACAGCACCUACAGGCUUCACAUGCUGGAGAAAUGCGAGUGCUGCUACAAGCAGAUCCUUCGAGCAGGAGUUUCAACCAUGGCGGACCACCAGUACAAGCUACGUCCGUGUGUGAAAUUCCAGCAGGACUUCUUGGUACCAACCAACGUGACAGCCAUGAUUACCUACUGCCGCCGGCCCCCUUAUAAGAAAUUGUCGCAAACGAAUGCCUUCAGUUUUGUUCAUCCUCGGAAGGAACCGCCCAGAGCCCCGAAUCCAGACAAAAUGCCCAGUGUUUUGCUUUGGGGCAUCGAUUCCAUUUCCCGCAUGACCCUCGAGAUGACCAUGCCCCAGAUGUUUAAGUACCUAAGCGCACAGCACUGGUUCGAACUUGAGGGCUAUAACAAGAUGGGCGACAACACAUUUCCAAACCUGAUGGCGGUGCUCACGGGAUUCAACAAAACCUUCGCGAAAGCACAGUGCCGACCCGAUAAGGUGGGUGGCCUGGACGCCUGCCCACUUAUUUGGAAGGACUUCAAGGCGAGGGGCUACACAACCGCCUUCGCAGAGGACUGGAGUGGAUACUCCACAUUCGACUAUUUGAGCAAGGGCUUCUUUCGUCCGCCGACGGACGUGUACGGCCGACCAUUGAUCCUGGCCGCAGAGAAGGAGCUGAAAAUGACACAUGAGAGUGGUCUGCCUUACUGCUUGGGACGCAAACCAUCUGCCGAGUAUAUCUACGACCUGGGACUCCAGUUCACCAUGGUCAACCGUAACAGCACCUUCUUUGGCAUGUUCUGGACCAAUACCUUCAGCCACAACGACUUCUCUAUGUCCUCCGCCAUGGAUGCGAGGAUGGUGAAGUACAUGCGGACGUUGGACAAAAAUGGCAUAAUGGAUAACACCAUCAUCGUCUUCUUCAGCGACCAUGGUUCCAGGUUUGGACCAUUACGGAAGCUGGAUAGUGGCUUCGUGGAAGAGCGUCUGCCCUUCAUCUUCAUUCGUGUGCCGCUUUGGAUUCGGGAGAAGUAUCCGCAGUUCCUGCACAACCUGAAGCUGAACAGGAAUCGCCUCACUUCGCCGUACGAUAUCCAUGCCACCCUGAGGCACCUGCUGGAGCUGAACACUCCGCCGGAACAGCUGCCACGUCCCGAGGGCUGCCCCACGUGCCACAGCGUCUUCCUGGAGGUAGACUGGUCUCGCAAUUGCUCACAGGCUGGGAUCGAGGAGCACUGGUGCGCCUGUGAAAAAUUCUCAACGUUAUCCACAAUGGACGCCCGUGCCAAGAUCAUGUCCACUCAGCUGGUGGAGGCCAUCAACGGGUUUGUGGCUGGCAAAGAAGGGGCGGAAGGAUGCCAGCAGCUGAAACUUGACGAAAUAUCCUCGGUGAAGCAAAGGGGUGACACAAAUCUGUAUAAAAUCCAUAUAAGUGCCCAACCUGGUAACGCCACGUUUGAGGCGACGGUGCAGUGGGAUGAGAGUGCCCAACGGAUCUCCAUCCGGGUGCCCAGCAUCAGUCGCUUGGACACUUAUUUCGGGCUGUCAGAAUGCUCUUCGGUUAAGGAGACCAAAAAAUUUUGCAUCUGCUGAGUCCUGGACAACCGCAAGACCGCACAAAAAAAAGGACUCGCUACUGCAAUCGGUCGGAUCUCGGUGCCUUUGUUGUUGGAAGGUACCGAGGCCUAUCACUAGGGUUGAUCUUUGGGCGGAUGGUUAGUGGCUGACAACUACUUUGGCCAAAUAAUUGCGGCCUAGCGAUUGUGCGAAUGGGAAAUUAGUUGACAAUUACAUGCCAAUUGGCAGAUACUCGGGUAAUUGCCUUCUGAUUAAAAUAAGAUAGCAGCCCAAAAUUAACUUAAUUCCUUGCAAAUAUCUAUCUUAUUAGAUAUAUCUGCUUAUCCAAUUCCUCCCAGUUUGAUUCUUAAUUUUUGAGUGCAUACGAGCUGGUAAAUAUGGUAAUCUUAUUCCAAAGGAAACCUUGCUUUUCUAGAAUUAAUUUACUCUGUUAAUAUUGACAGUGCAAUUGUACUUUAAGGAGCCAAAGUGAUAAAAUGUUAAUAAAAUGUAUUUAUACAAUAGGUACUGCCAAAAAACUAUUAAGAAAAACAUUUCGUUGUUCGGAAGAAAGUAAAGUUUGCAUACGUUCCUUUUCAUACUUUAUAAACAUUGAUUUAGUUUACACGCCAUAUUAAAUAAAAACAUUUUAAAGUUGCGUGUGGAUUUCUUUAAUUGCUAUACGAUUUGUGAUUAUCCAUUCCUUAAAUUAAUGUUAUUAUAAUUACGAAAAUAAGAAUAUCGAAUAAUUAUAAUUAUGUUUUGUAAGUA